GAUUGCAGUCUCAAUAUGAUAUGCUCACUAGGCAGGCUUCUACAUUGAUUCAGGGAAGAAGGGCUCGAGUUGCAGCAAUUUCUAUUCAUAAUGGAUAGCAAGCUACCACAGAUGAAAGCCUUUCAGUAAGGAAUUUAGAGAAACCAGGUGGAAUUGUUGCUCUUCUAGUUGCAGCUUGGUACGAUAAAAUUCCACAAGCUCUGUGUUAAGCCAAAACUGCAUUUGCUAUGUGUCACUGCUCAUCAAGGCAAUGUAUCUUUUGCAAUAGUAAAGUAUAUCAAGGCAAUGGUGCUCCUUUAGAGAGCGUGAUUAGAGAUAGUUAAUAAAGGA